AUGACCCUGCUGCGAGAAGAUCUUCUGGGCGCCGACCCCCGCCUGGUAGCCGGACGCCUGGAGCUGGUCUCUGGCUGGCUUCACUCAAAUGUGUCCGUUCAGGCGGCGCUGAGCCAUGCUGUGGGGGACUUCGAGAAGGACAAGCAGGCUGUCACCCAAGCUAUGGCUGCCCGCGAAGUCGUGCUGAAGGAUGCCGGAGCUGCCCAAGAUCGCUGCCGGUCGCUGGAGGCCGAGCUGGAGACAAUGUGCAACGAGCGCGCGGCUGAGGCACGAGGCCGCAAGGCGGAGGAGGAGAAGAUGAAGGCCCGGGAAGACGCUGUCAGGGAUCGCGACGCCGAGCUGGAGCUGUUGGCGAAGGCGCAAGCUGCGGAGCGCAGCCGACUGGAGAAGCUGAAGCGGAAGAUGGAGGCGGAGAAGGCCAAGCUUGACGCCAAGGCGAAGGUCCUGGCUGAGGACCGCGUGGCCUUCAAGUCCCUCGAGGAGAAGGAUCGCACGGCACUGUGGUCACUUUACGAGAAGGGCUUGCUGGAGCCGCUGGCUACCGACAACGAGGGCCCCACCCAGCUGCUUCCUUAUCUGGUCGCGGCGCUUGAGGAAGUCAUGAGUGGCAUCGGCCCCUUGGUAGAGGAAGAAGCCCACAUUCUUUCCUCAGUCGUGUUGAUGCGCGUCUUCAGCCACCUCCAUCUUCGCGAUCCCACCGCCCACCUUGAGGAGCUGCUGGAGCCUGUGGACGCCGAGCACUGCGCAGCUGCUGCCGAGGCCGUGAAGGGUCAGGUGGAGGCCCUGCUAAAGAGGUUCCGCGCCUUCGAUCCCGCGCCCUCAACUGGUGGUGCUGUUGAUCCUGCAACUCCGGCGGGCGGUGUAGGUGAGGGCAACGCCGCCAUGGAAGAAGCGUCCCUUGUGGGUGACGACGGCGUCCGGGGAUGA